AUGAAGUCCGAUCUGCCAGUCGACAUGGGGUCAAGUUUCCGCCGGGCCGGGGAGAGGUUGAGAUCCAUCGCGAAAAUGAACCGCUGGGCGAAGAUCCAAUUAGAAGGGAAGGCUGGAGAGACAGAAAUUGAGAGGAAUUGCUAUCUCCUUGCGCUACCGACAGAGCUGCUUCUGGAGAUCAUUUCUCAUCUGUCUGUGUUGCCCGAGGCAUGUCUGGCGUUGACCUGUAAACGGCUUUAUUCGAUAUGUGGACCUACCCUAGGGGCCAAAACCCUCCAUUUCAGCCGAGACUUUGCGCCACUCUUCCACCAUUAUCGAAACGGACACAACUUCGUCACCCCGCGUUGGCAGUUCAUAAACUUGCUGGAAGAUAAUAGGUGGCGGGCUUGUUCCCGAUGCUUGAAGCUCCACCCACGGAGCUCAUUUCCCGCGCGAGAACUGAAACGAAAGCCGGAGGACAGGUCAUGUAACCUGGGAAGCUCGGCAGGCAUAGUAGACCUAUGCCCCUGUAAGAAGUUGACUUUCCAUGACAAGAUGGAACUGGUUGAGCUUCUGAAGAUACGCGAGAAAUCAAUGAAUGCCCUGGCGAUGCAGUUCGGCGCUAGUAUAAAGCAGCAGCGCUUCUGCUGGCACAACUGCACUGAGAACUAUGGGUCAACCCAGCUGGAUAUAGAGAUCUAUCCUGAGCUGGACGAUGAGGGCCAGUUGAAGAUCAAGACCGAGUACCGUUUGCGGACGGGGUCCGGCCAGCUCGGUAGGGAAGAGCACAUGACGCCACGUUUCGGAUGCGCCCAUCGAUCGGUCGACCUGUGGCUUUCCAGUGUCUGCCAGACCACACUCUGCCGGCUAUAUGACAGUCACUGCUCGUCGUGCAAGCGAAUAUCCGUCUGCAAUACAUGCAAUGCCUCGCUGCGGUGUCCUCGCAAACAACCGAGUCAAUUGGACGAGGAGACGGGCCAAGCCACUUACCAUUUUUGGACGGAACGGUGCCUUGGAGGCUCCGGGCCUGUGCCCGAUCAGGCGUGGGCUGCGCAACGAAUCCAUCCUGCGGAGAAUUUGAUUGAUGUCGCCAAUUGCAGUGAGCUCUGUCCGUGGACGAUCCGCGAACACCCAGCUCUGGAGGAAGCACCCUCGUUGGAGAUGAAUAUCCUGAAUCCCGCCAUACAAGAUCAGUCGAUGAAUCAGCUAUAUUCCUCGAUUAAUAUUCUUAUUUCCACCAAUGCACAUUACAGAGCGCAGCGGAUUGAUGAGCAUUGUCUGCGUCCUGGGGCGAUGAGCUACCCACCACCCCAUAACGGCCCAUAUCCUUCGCAGUACAUGCAGCAACCCCCCAAUCUGCCGCAUCACCAACAGACCAUCCACCCGCAGCAGCUACUGUACAACGGCAAUGUCAACACGAGCGCUUCGCCAUAUCAAUAUGGGAAGCCGGUGGUUUAUCCUCAGGUCAUGAUUCCGGCCUAUCCUGCUUACGCGCAGACAUACAACACCCAGCAGCAGCAGCAGCAGCAACCACCACCACCUCCGCCCUCCCAGCAUCCGCAACCCCAGCAGCAGCCGCAACAGCAAUAUGUGAACCCGUCCGAUCUGUUCAACCCACCCCCUCUUGCUUCGACUUCGCCUCCCCAGUUCACCAAUAGUCCGUCUCAAUAUGCUGCACAACCAGCCGUGUCUGUUGCGGGCAACAGCCGCUCCCCUGUCCUCCCUACUUCGUCUACCCCCGCCCAAUCAACGUACUACGCCGCUCCCAGUCCGAACCAAGGGAACCAACCCAACAACACCAUCACCCCCCCAACAUCUACCACGCCGACAGUUCAUGUGCCACCUGCUGCUGCUACUGCUUCUCCUGCCCCCGCCCCGGCUGUCAAACCGGUUGCUGCUAAGCCUGUCGCCGCUAAGCCCGUCGUCGCUAAGCCCGUCGUCGCUAAGCCCGUCGUCGCUAAACCCGUCGUUGCCAAACCCGUUGUUGCCAAACCAGUCGUUCAAACACCUCCGGCGCCAUCCCCUAAGCCCGUCCAGGUGUUAAUUCCAGCUCCUACCCCGGAACUACAGCAGAAGGCACAGCGUCCGCCCCCUAAAAAGCAAGUGCAGCGCCAAACCGGCCAAAAACCCACUCAAAAAUCAACAGGCUCGCCGAUUGACUAUCAAGUGUUGCUGCUGGCCAUGGCAGACGAGUAUUUGAACGCGGCUCACAGCCAUGGGACCCUGGUGGCGUUGUUGAGGCGGGAGAUGGAGAUGGAUGAAUAUUACAAAUUAGUUGCUACUGGCCUUGGCUGCUUGGAAGCCGUUCUCAAGAAUUGGAGACUACAACCCCGGGUUGAAGCUCUUGUCCGAUUACGAUAUGCCCGAAUAUUGUUCGAGGAAACGGAUAAUGACCUUGAAGCGGAGACGGCAUUAAGCAAAGGUAUUGACCUUUGCGAGCGGAACCGAAUGCUAGAUUUGAAAUAUAGUAUGCAACACCUUUUGGCGCGAAUGCUAUAUAAGACCAACCCAAAGGCCUCAUUGAAAGCUGUCGAUGGGAUGAUUCAAGAUGUCGAAGCAUAUCGCCACUCGGCGUGGGAGUAUGCUUUUCGUUUCCUUCGAGUGUCCCUUUCCCUGUCUUCGUCGGCCCAUCAAGAUUCAGUGUCGGCACUACAACACCUCCACAAGAUUGCCACUAUGGCCAGCCGCAAUGGCGAUAAGGCUGUUUCAGCCAUGUCCGCGAUCAUUGAAGCUCUCGCACAUCUUCAGCAAGGAUCCGGUUUCGACUCGAUCGAGCAAGCGCAACGUGCCGUGGCGAUAGCGCGGAGUCACCAACUCAACGACGAGCUUCGUCAUAUUCCCCAGCUUACGACGUUAGUCCAGAUUGUUGAUAUCUGCUGUAGUCUCCUGGACUACGACAUCAACCAAUCUUCCCAGAAGCUCACAGUCAUGCAAGACUUGAUGGACGAAAGACUGAAUGACUCGAAUUGGCGGAGUGAUGGGUCAUUCUCAAUCCCCUUGAAUGGCAAGUCGGCUGGACCGUCUUCCAUAGACACUGGGGACAUCCUUCAGGUCCAGAGUGGCACGCUACUGCUAAGCUUUAACUGGCUACCUCAGCAUGACCUCUACGCGCUUUGUUAUUUCCUCAGUUCUAUCACCCUGAGUUGUAAGAACUCAUACGAUGGACGCAAGGCAGAGAAGUUUCUGCAGGAGGGCACGCGAAGCUUCAAAGCGCCCCAAGAGAUCACCGAGUCAGUGGUCAAUGCAAACAGACGAGUUCAGUGGCGCAGGACUCUCUAUUGCAACCUGCUUGUCCAGCAAGUAUUCCUUGCCUGCGGUCGCACAGACUGGGAGCUGGCCAGCAAGACGUUACGAGAGCUUCGGCAGGAAGCGGAGGAGCUUGGCGAUCAACUUCCAGAUACUGUCGAAUGCCUGAUGGAGUACGCUACGGGGGCUAUUGCGCAAGCUACCGGCGACCUCAAUGCAGCCCUGAACGCCUUUCAGUCUCCUCUGCUGUCUCUGUCCACAGCCUUCAGCAAGACUGCUCGCACCGACCCACGUCGCGAUAUCGCCAUUCUCGCCGCUCUGAAUACCGUCCUUAUCCUCCGAGAUCCUACCCAUCCAUCUCACCCCCACUUGCCUGCCAUAUUAUCGACGGUGGAAUCAUUCUGCACCGGCAGCCCCAACAAGUACAUUCAGGCAGCAUACUAUCUCGUCUGCGCCACCGUGCAGACCGAAUCCACGAUCCAGACCAAACAAUACCUCCAACAAGCCCUCCAAUCCGCCACCGCCAUCAGCAACAGCCAAAUCACAUGCAUGACCCUGACCUUCAUGAGUUGGAAAUACUUCCGCGGCGUCGUCGGCGAGCAAGCGGAGAAGAGCGCCCGAGCGGGUCGCGCAAUGGCCAAGAAAGCCAACGACCGGCUCUGGGUCAGCGUGACGGAUGAGAUGCUCGCCGAAACUCUGGAACGACAAGGCAAGAACGAGGAAGCCAGGGGUGUUCGGGAAGAAGGACACCGUGUCAUGAUGGGAUUACCAUCGGCAUUGAAAAGGCCGAUUUAA